AUGACGGACGUGCGUUCGCUUCUCCGGAAUGAACUAGCUUCGCGCAAGGCUACAUCGCAGCCAAAUACUACUGGAAACCGCGUCAGUAAGAAGCGCAAGGUGGAAAAUGGCGAUGGUAUCAUGCGCAAAAAGCUCCGAUCAAAUGGGCGGGAUGCUGUCCAGGUUGCAUCAGACGCGCAGGCUGCUCAAUCUCCGCAGACCGAGGACACCAUGCAAAAUGAGGCUUCUGAACCCAUGGAGGAGAAUGAAGAUGUCGGUCCAGAAUUACCAGUGGAAGAACACGAUAUGAGCAACGCGUCUGCAAAACAAUUAAGUCCGUCUCCGGUACCUGCCGUACCACUACAAGAAGCGGUCAAUGAAGACGAGUGGGCCGCAUUUGAACGAGAGGUAGUUGAACCAACCAAAUUACCUCCCGCUCAAUCCGUUAUUACGGCCCAUGCUACAAUAUCCGCGGCACCUAUAACUGCGGCUGAGCUUGUUGCACAGCAAGAAAGAGAUAAAGCCACAACUCAAACACGUGAAGCCGAGUUGGAAGGCGAACGUGAAGAUGCGGCACGACUUAUGGAAGACGAACUUGACGAGAUGGACCAACUUGAAGAGCGGGUACGAAAGCUGAAACAUAGACGGGAUGAGCUACGGCAGAAUACAAUGGAUGCAGCUCGAGACAACCCUACGGUUUCAGAAGAACAACAGGCAGCAGUGGAUAGCGAGAGUGAAGAUGAUGAAGAGGAAGAUUGGGAUGAUUGGCGAUUCAAAUGA